AUGUGUAAUGAUGCUUUAAACAGCUAUGCAUGUACGUGCAGAGAUGGGUUUACUGGCCGUAACUGCGAAGAUGAUAUUGACGAAUGCCAAAGUGAUCCAUGUUUAAAUGGAGGAAAUUGUACUGAUAGAGUGAAUGGGUUUACAUGCGAUUGCAUUCCUGGAUUUACUGGUACUAAAUGUGAAACAGAUGUAGACGAAUGUGCAGGCAAUCCUUGUCUAAAUAGUGCAGUAUGUAUUGAUGCUGUAAACAAAUACACAUGUGCAUGUAACUCUUCACAAAAUUCUCGAAAAAGAGACCCUUGUCCUAUUGGUUUCAGUGGGCAAAAGUGUGACAAACGUGGAAGUUUGUACACGGGAUUGAUCAAAAUAAAUGGGACUUUUGACAAUAGUUUGACAAACAAAUCCUCGAAGGAGUAUCUCGACCUUAUUGAUAAGUUCGUUUGUGCGGUUGGCCAGGGAUAUGAACGUGGAACCCUCGGUGAUAAAUACAUUCCGUCCAUUAUUGUGAAAAUAAUAAGUUACGGGUCCAUUGCGGUUGGAUACUAUAUUUCCUUGGCCCCAUUGUCAACUAAGGAUGAUAACCCGCCAUCUCCAGAUGCGUCUUCGUUUGACCUUGAAGCCGCCAACCAAUACGGAGAGCUCAAUCUUGUGUCUUCAGAUCCUCUAGAAGACUUAGACGAGUGUUCAAUGCCUACCAACAAUGAUUGCCACGUGAAUGCCACGUGUUCGAACACAAUUGGCUCAUACACGUGCAAGUGCAAAGAUGGCUUUAAUGACAUCAAUUCUGCACGUCCAGGAAGAAAUUGUACACUAGACUUAGACGAGUGUUUAAUGCCUACCAACAAUGAUUGCCACGUGAAUGCCACGUGUUCGAACACAAUUGGCUCAUACACGUGCAAGUGCGAAGAUGGCUUUAAUGACAUCAAUUCUGCACGUCCAGGAAGAAACUGCAAACUAGUUUCGAGCGCUGGUCUACUUUGGUGGCACAAAUUGCUGAUCGCGCUUUGUGCAGCGUUGCUAUUAGUGAUAAUAAUUAUUACGUCGAUCUGUUGCUGUUGCUGUCGAAAGGACAGAAAACAAGACAGUAGAGAAAUGGGUCAUUUUGAUGCACAUGGUCGAUAUUAA